CUGCGCUAAGUAGACAGAGAGCAGGCGCUAAAUACAAUAUUUCCCUCGUAGUAAGAGGAACUAUCUAGUUACGAGUGCUCAAUCCAGGACUGGCAUGAGCCUGACUGCUGCAUUGACUUCCGUGACUCGUACUUUCUUUACGGAUUAAGAUAUGUACACACACAUAAAAAUAGGUGUUUAUUGUAGAUUUGUAAACGUCAUCGUAGCAGAAUCAGGCCCAUUCUCCAUGGAGACGUAGGUCCAAGGGUCACAUGUUCAGAAUAAAGCCACGUGACUGUCAGACAGCAACAUACACCUGAUUGGUUAGGUGUGGACAUGUGAUGUAACCUAGCGGGCUGAAACCUGACAACCAGGUGAGAAACAGAAGAAGAAGAAGAAGAAGGAGUGACACAGAAAAGGAGGGAAAUGAGUUAAGAAGAAAAAAGAAAUAUAGAGGGAGAGAAGUGAAGGGAGAGGUGAGGAGAUAAAAGAGGAAAACGGUAAGUCAUACUGGAAGGAGUCAACAUUUUGAAGGAGACUAAAAAUGGGAGAGGGAAGAAAAAGCAGGACUGCAAGGGACUGAGGACAUGACAGGAGGGGCAGAACAACAGACCAGGGGUAAAAGAUGCAUGUGAAGAGAGGCAAAAUAAAUCAUUAUAAUUUUGUUUUUCUUUUAGAAAAAAAAAGGUCAAAGAGGAGGGGCAAAAACAGGCUGGGAUGGAGCAGAGUCUAAUCAGACUGACUCACUGUCAGAAGAACAUCUUCUGCUUCUUGGUGCCAGAGCAGUGUCCAAGCUGCGGGGAGGAGCUGAAGGGGAGCAGACUGCAGGAGGCGCCAGUCAGCCUCCCCUGUCCUUUCACCAAUGGUCACAAAACCUCCUGCUGUCUCCUGAUUGCACCUGCACAGGACAACUUCAACAGGGACUUCACUGGAACAUCAGACCUUCACACUGGCAUCUCCAACACUAAAGGUGUUUGUACAGGUGUUGUGUACAACUACACACAGACUGGGGUUCACAAAGACCAGAGCGGGUGGGAGCACAGUGUCAGUAUUCCUCUGGUUCGUCCUGACAUGUUCCACCUGUUGGACCAGUGGGACAACUACCUGGACAGGUUCUCGGAUGGACCCAUGUGGGACCCUGUAUGGCACAGUUUCCAUGAGGACGACCAUAACUGCUUCAGUUUCUGUCUGAACUUCGUCAACACUGUCCUGUCAGCAGAGGGGCACAGCUCUCUGAGUAAAGACACCUUCACCUACAACUUCAUCCUCCCCAGGAUGAGGAGGGUCUCCAAGUUCACUACGCUCUACCAGCAAGUCCAGAAAGAGCAGUAUUAUGUGGUGGACAGACAUGAGGAAGGACAGGAGGACAGUUCAGAGGAAAUAACCAACAAAGUUACAGACAUUAGUCCUAUCUAGGGAUUAAUGGGACUAAUGUCUGUAACAUUGU